CAAAGAGUUGCGGGGGCGGGGGACCAGACUAAUGGCUGCUGCUGCCAUCCUAUCACUCAACAAAUUGGGCUUUAUACCAAAUGUCCCUAGAUGUGGCCGUGCGUUAAUCAAUCGCCAGUUUUCAAAGAAAACGCAAUAUUUGGAGUGGAAAGAGAAUCUAAAAUAUGCCGUAGAAAAUCAUCACGAACUGUAUCUGCGACCCAUGAGGAUAGUAAAUUCGGGCCUUGGAACAAGUUUUUCCAGAGCCCCCAUACAGCACAGAAGAUUAAAACUUGCCGAUAAUGAUUCAAUUUUACAAACAAAGUUUUCCUCAGUUUUCAGUAGAGGAUUUGAAGAUUUAAAGGGUUAUUUAUGCAACGAUGUCGUGGAGAAUGCUCUGUGGCCGCUCUCUGCAUUGUCCGCGUAUUUGACAGAAUUGCGCAAACAGGAAGAGACCUUGAAAGGAGGACUCAAUAAGUAUGCAAAAAAUGGUAUUCCUGAAAUAUAUGUUGCAACUCUUCUGACCAAUCAUCUCCUCUCCUGUCUGGUGUAUGGAAAUCAGUACUUGAUUAGUAAUGGUUAUAGGAAAAAACCACCACUCUGUCCUUGCAGUAACAAUGACUGUGGAAAAUACAUCACAUAUGGACAAACAGGUGUUGUGUUGCUAACGCUGAAGAUACCGCCAACCAAUCAAAUUACAGGAAAUCGAAACUGGCGGCAAAAUGUCAUGCAGAUAAAUGGUAUGGCCGCCCAGAUGUGGUAGUGAUUCCAAAAGCAAAUAAUAAUGGCUAUAUGGUUCCGCUUUGGUAUAUCAAUGAGCUAGAAAAUGAAGAGGAUGAAGAGGAUGAGGUGAAAGAUAUUCAUCCUCUGGAAAUCAAAGUUCAAUCCAAAUUUAAACACUUUUCCUCACAAGUUUUGUCUCAAGCUAUCAUUUUUGCAUUUUACCAGUCAAAUGUCAUGAAAAAGAGAGGAUUUAUUCCAUGGACAACAUUAGUGCCGUCUCUUGUCCUAACACCUAGUCAUUAUUACAUUAUCAUGUAUGAUUACAAGAAUGAUAUUCUCUUAAGCAGUGGACAUCAGGAUUCUUUCCUGUGGGAUGAUACUGAGGACUGUAGGCUCAAUUUAUCUGCAAUUCUUCAUAUUUGGAUGGUUCUGAAUUACAAAGACUUUGUUCCUACAUUAGGACCAGAGGCAAUACAUCAUUUUGCAAGGAGUUCAAAUAUUCACAAUAUUUUAGAAAGUCAAAAUCUUUUAGAGGAAACUGAGAAAAUUUCACGCAAAAAUUCUUUCGUAACCAUUAAUACAAAUGAUGAUGAUAAAUAUGUCUGUGUUAAAGACAUUAAAGAUUAUAUAAAAGAUCCAUGUAAAGGAAAAUGGUAUUGAUAUUCAAACCAAACCAUUGUUUUAAUUUUAAAUUUUCAUGUUGUCAGCCCCCCCUUUUCAAUUUUUAGCCUGAUGGAAGUCAAACCAGUAUUGUACUUGUAUUGCCCUUUAUUUGAGGUUUACAAGAAUUAUGUAUUUUAGUACUGCAAUGCAUAAAGUAAACAUUGACUUGUCAUUAGCAAUAAUAUAAUACAAUAGAAAAAAUUAUGUACAGAUGGACCAAGUACAAUUCUAUUGUUGUAGAAGAUUGUGUAUGCAGAACAGGAGCCAUGUUGAAGAACAUCUGCUUGAGCUCUCAAUUUGUUUUUAGAAGUCACUGUUUUAUUUCAGUUUACACCUGUGAAGCCUGAAACACAGGACUAAUACUAUCAAAAUCACUUAUGGGGCUCAAAUUAUAUUUGUACAUCAUGCUAACCAAUUUCAACUGUUGAGCAAUCAAUCUAGUGAUGUUCUAUUAAAACAAUAAAUUCUUAAAAGAGA